UGUCCCAGGGAAUUAAGAUGCCGUCAGCAUUGAUAAUUCCAGAUUGCGGAUUUUAAUGAGAAUAAUGAUAUUACAUUAUUCUGGCGUGGGGCCGAGAAUCGUUAAGGUCGUCAUAAUCAAUCCGUGGCACGGCAAAGCGAAGCCGAAAUCCCAGCAAAAUGGAAAACAAUUAACGAGGGGUAGAGGACUUGUUGCAAUUUCCCUGGAUGCGCUGUACCCAGCAGUGAGCGGUAAAUCGCAGAAUCAAUCCGUCAAAUAGCGACAUAACAAACGGCGGGGCAUUUCGCCCUCUCUAUCUAACUAGUAACAACCUACUAUCCGAACUGUCCUCUUUACCCCGGCAAUUUCAUCAUCGGCUAUUAAAUCGUGCUUACCGACGGGUCCGCGUUUCUCUUCACGUCCGCGUAUAAUCAUUUCUGUGAUACGGAAUAAUAAUCGGUAGAAAAUUUGUUUUUUUCUCAUCGAAAACAGGUCCGGUUUUCCGAUCUUGUGCUUGGUGUCGUUUAGAACGGGAAAUAUCCACGUGUUCUCCGUCUGUUUUCAUUCAACCCGAACAACAAAGGACGGGCUCAGCCAUUUAUAUUGAUUUUCUCCCGUGAUAAACUGGCAUAUAAAAAACUUGUUGAUCUCGGCCUAUUGGCGCGCGGAUUUGUCUUGGUUUUCCUUUGGCUGUAUUGAUAAUUUGUACCAUCCAAGAAAAUGGAUUUCCCGGAUGAGCCAUUGAAUUUAACCAUGAAGAAGAUGCCCAUUGCCAUCGUGGCCCCUUUUUCGCGUUCGGACACUUCUGUGGAUAAACUUGUUCCCGAACACAAUGACAACAACAACAACAACAGCAACAAUGAUGCCGGGGAUCAGUUGAGUAAAUGUAGCAACGAUUUUCCGCAGGAUUUGUCGCUGAAGAACAAGAAGCAGGAGCAGCAGUGCUUGGAUUUGACAAAAAACACAAAUUUAAGCAAAAAUCUGAAUCCCAGUGAACAGUUGCGAAACUACUUGCUGAAAGGGGAAGAGUCCCGGAACAAUACAGAGUAUAACCGAAACGUAUACAGCCCGACACAGAAAGAACCUAAUACGGAAUCGGUAAAGGAAAAACAGUCACCUGAUUUAUGCUCGUUCAUGAGUUGUCUGGACAAUAAAUUUUUGACGGCCUGGUAUAUGAACUCAUUGAUGAAUCACUCACAACAAUCCAACCCGUAUCUGAAUAUGCCUCAGCGGCCUAACUCGAUGUCUCCGUUUGAUGCCAAAUCUAACAGUUCUUCGUCUAAUCGAAUUUUGAACAAUUUACUGGAAAAAAAGCCCUACAAAACCUACACGUUUCCCAGCGGUUUUGAUGCCCUGAUCAAAAACGAAAUGCAGGACGAAACGUCGGAUCCGAAGCCAAAACUGAUUCCCGGGGCUCAAGAUCACAAAAACAACGUGGACAGUAAAAACAAUCAGGAUAAUGAAAAGAAGAAGCCUCACAUUAAGAAACCCCUCAACGCUUUUAUGCUUUAUAUGAAAGAGAUGCGUGCCAAAGUGGUUGCUGAGUGUACUCUGAAGGAGAGUGCGGCCAUUAACCAAAUUCUUGGUCGACGGUGGCACUCUCUAAGUCGCGACGAACAGGCCAAGUAUUACGACAAAGCAAGACUUGAGAGACAAUUGCACAUGCAGAGGCACCCGGGUUGGAGCGCACGGGACAAUUACGGUUACGGCACCAAGAAGAAGAAGCGAAAGAAAGAGAGAGCACCGAUCGAGUCGGGAGGAAACAAUAUGAAAAAAUGCAGAGCGCGAUACGGUUUGGAUCAGCAGAGCCAGUGGUGUAAACCUUGCAGACGCAAGAAGAAAUGUAUACGAUACAUGGAAUCAGGGGAGAGUAACGACGGAAACCACUCGGACGACAAUCUAGGAAGCUGCGGCAGUAUGGGCGACGCAAACACUCCUCCCGACGACGACAAUGAGAGCAUCGGCCAAUCCAUGUCCAGUCCGGGAGGGUUGAGCGCCUUGAGUAGCCUCACGAGUCCCGGAGGGAUGGUAAUGCCCAGCCCAUCAACCAGCGCUGCCAGUCCUUCAGUCAGUGUCGCCAGUCCGUAUAUGUUGCAAAGUCCUCUUACGCCUCAUGAUAGUUUCGACGUCAAAUUACCGCCCUCUCAACUUCGGCAUCCAUCGCCCCGAAAUCCCGUUGGCACCAAUCCACAUGACAUUAACAAUCCCCUCAGUAUAAAUCAGCUCACUAGUCAGUGUGUUCGAAAUGAGUCCUCGGAUAGCAACGGUAAAGAGACGUCAAGGUCUAUAAUCAGUGUUACGUAGCCUUUGUGUAGAUGGCUCGCGCCUUUUCCUUACGAGCCGCCUGUGAUUCAUUUUACGCUAGUAGUCUUCACUCAGACGACCAGCGUGUGUUCUAGUGGCUAUCGAUCUCAUCACUGGACUAACAGAGUCAUCUACAAUACAGUUGGCAGUACAACUUUUUUACUAUGUAACAUAAAUGUCAUUUGCCAAAUCCCAUUUAUAAUUAUUAUUUGCUACUUAGCUAUAUUAAAUUUAGCUCUACGAUUUAUAAUUAUAUCGAUAAGGAUGACAAAUAGAAACAGUGAGAAGUUAUAUUUGUCUUUCUUGCGCUGUUAAUUGUGGCGUGCUGUACUUAACUUUUCCCUAACUAUAGAACUUGAUUGAGGAUAAAUUCAAAAUAAUGAUUUAUUUCAUUGGCGGUACCGAAGGGGUUGAUUUUUUAUAUAGGCAAAUGCAAAAUGGUUUUAGUAUGUGGUUCGUUACAAAUUUAUGAAUUUGUUAUGAACUCAAAGUCUAACCGUUUUACUAAAAAUCGUUGAAUAAAAAAUACUGAAGCAGAAUUUCAGUCUACCUCAAACAUCUAAUCCUCAAUUAAGUUGGUAUAGAUGGAACGUUGCAAUAGUUCAAUUGUUCCUUGUGCCACAUACCUUAUCAGGUAAGUUUGACGAAAUCUUUUGGCCCUGAUUUGCUAAAUGGGAGUUGACACGUUGAAAAGCACAAACUUGUUUUUAUUCCAUACAAUGAGAUCACAAGUUAAGAAGAUAUUGAAUUUAUUCGAUAUUUACUUAAUUAUUUAGUGUUGACACAAUUGAAGAGUAUGGGUAAAGGGUCUGAGUGCCAAAAUCCUAAAGUUGAGAAAUCAACAAAAACGCUUUAAAAUAUUAAUAAAACCAGUGAUAUAAAUUUUUUAUUAAGUUUAAUUUUUUUAUCGGACAAAAUAGACAAGUAUAUAGACCCGUUUCAGAUGCAUUGGGGUUGGCACUUACGACCGUUUUCAAGCAAAAUAUAGAUUUUUGAAUAUAUGGCACUUAGAUCCUUUAGAAGUUAUACUCUUCAAUUUAUGAUCUCAUUCACAUUGAAAUUUAGAUGAUAUAAAUGAUACUAGAAUUCAAUAAAAUUAAAAAAAUUCUGUAACAUCUUCGAUAACUAUCAAAAUCCCCAUUUAUCGAAUCAGAUUGAAACGCAUCAAUUCUGUUUCUUUCGCUUUGGUGAACAAGUGAACGAAUAUUUCAAAGUGGACACGCAAAAUACAAAGGAAAUUAACUAACUUGUUUGGAUUAAAUUAUUCAGAUUCAAUCUGAUUAGUAAACGAGCUAAUUUCCUUGCAAUUGUUUCAUAAACAAACACAUUAUGUAAUUAUUGUACAUAGCUAAAAUGUUAUAUAAGAUAAUAAUACGAUUGUAUUUUUUGACCAUUUAUAAAUUUUAUUUGUUAUUUUUGGAUGCGCCAAGAAUGCUCUUUGUUUUGCGCUCAGGGUGGAUCCCGUUUUUAUCUUUCCGGAUCAAAUUGCAAUAUUUCAUUGCAGAAUGUUUUCAGUUAACUUUGCCAUAUACUAAUUACGACCGUUGUCAUAAAAAUAUACAGCAAAGUUAAUGGAAUGUUGUUUGUUUUCAGAAUGCACUUUUUGCAAACCUAGUGGACUUUCACGAGGUGAAACCAUUUUCUUCGUCAUAGUAGUUUUAAUUAUUUUCCAUUCGAAGCCAUUAUUAAUAUAAUUUUUCCUAAAUGAAAUGAAACAUGUGAUAUUUUAUACUAUUGAAUAAUCUAACUAUUAUUGUUUUGGCUUCCCUCAGGUUUUUUGCAUUUAUUGUAUAGGAUCCUAGUUUCGUUUUGGUAUAUUUAGAAAAAACCUUUGCAAAGCAUUUGAGAGGGAGUGUUUAAUAGGCAUUCGGCUUAUACAAACGUUUUCCCUCUCAACCCUCAAUUUCGUUAAUGUGGGAGCGUUUUUCAGGUUUUGCAAAGAAACUAAUACAUUUCCAAGUUCCAAUUUAAAGAUUAUUAAAUCGAGAGUGAAAUCUCGAUCAGAUGCUUGACAUGCUUUUUUUAAACUAUAUAAUAUAAACGAACAUUUAAUGACAUACGAGUAAACUUUUUGAAAUCUGUAAAACACUUCUUCAACAUCUCUCAGAUAGUUGCGUGCUGAGAAAGACCCAAGAAUAUACAACAGGUUGGAAUUAUUACAAAUUGUAUAUUUCAAUUUGGUUAUUAAUAACUACCAAGUUCGCGCCAUGAAGGCAUUGUCAAAUACUUUGUUUUUCAGAUAUUUCCAUCCUGUAUCAACAAAUAUUCUGGAAAAAACUGGCUUAGGGUGCUCUAAUUAGUUGUGGCGGCCAUCCCAAAACAAAACAGAGAUUAUUGUGCCAUAUAUACGAGGGAAGGUCGCCAAUUCGAGCACCUGAAGCAACACACGACUGCCUAGAUGUAAAUUUGUAGUUUUAAGAUAUUCAGUUCCGUUGUCUGGAUCAGUGCAAUGUAAUUGUCUAUAUAAUGUUUCGCGGGGAAAGCUGCAAUCAGUUUUUUUUCAUCGGAUAUUGCUUAAUUUUUUAUGAGAUUCCAGAAAAGUGCAAAUUUGCAUUCUGCUGGAUGUCGAAACGAAUAUUUGUUAAUAUAAUUAUAUUGAGAAAACAGAUUCUGAAACAGUUUCCAGAAUCUGUUUUCCUUUGGGUGGUAAAUGGUUCGGAAUCUCUUCUUUUUUUUCAUUUUGAGGCAGCUUAUUCUGUUAAAAACAUACAUUUCUCGAGGUGUUCUUCGAGGAAAUCACUCGGUUUAGAGAAGUUUAAACUAUACAUAUAUAAAUAAAAUUAGAAUUUAAUAUUUAGCUGUUAACAUUGUAUUUGUAAGUAGAAUUUGUUCGUAAUACCGUUUAGGUUAGGAUCAUUCAAUACAAAAACCUUACAUUA